GUGCAGUUUUCUGUGUUGGUACACGUGUGUCACUCUCUGCUGUCCUUGUAUCACCGCUCAAAAAUGUUUCUUCUUGUUUUGUAGUUGUCUUCUGGCACUUCCAACAUAAUUAUGACUGCUGACAUGGACACUGAGGAGUCUGGUGUUCUGGUCAUCAUCAAGAGGCGUCUUACACCUCUUGUACAGGUUGAGGUAGAGCCGGUUGGAAGGUGGUUCCAUGGAUAUGAAGCUCGGAGGCUGCGUGGCCACCUUAUCUCCUCUGCUGGGGAAAGUGAAGAAGAAAGUGAAGGAGAGGAAGGCCCAGAAGUAGAGAUUGAGGAUGAUAUUCAGUAUCUUAGAUCACUCAAUCCUGCAGAUUGGAAGGAUCAGGAUCACUAUGCUGUGUUGGGGCUUAAGAAGUAUCGAUAUAAAGCGUCAGAUGAAGACAUUAAAAGAGCGUAUCGCAUGAUGGUCCUCCGUCAUCACCCUGAUAAAAGAAGAGGAGCAGGGGAAGAGAUUCGGGAUGAUGAUGACUAUUUCACCUGCAUUACUAAAGCCUAUGAGAUUCUGGGUGAUCCAGUUAAGCGUCGCUCAUGGGACUCCAUUGAUUCGGAGUUUGAUGAUGAUGUUCCUGUAGUAAAUAAUUACAAUAAAACUAAUUUCUUUGAGGUAUUUACUCCCGUAUUAGAACGUAAUGCUCGGUGGUCAACUAGAAAACACGUUCCAGGUCUUGGUAAGCCUGAUGACCCAAAACAAAAAGUGGACAGGUUUUAUGCAUUCUGGUACGAUUUUGAAUCUUGGCGAGAGUUUUCUUAUUUAGAUGAAGAAGAAAAGGAAAAGGGACAAGACCGAGAAGAACGUCGUUGGAUAGAGAAACAAAACAAAGUGGAACGUGCUCGAAGACGAAAAGAAGAGAUGGCACGGCUGAGACGCCUGGUGGAUAAUACUUACGCUUGUGAUCCUAGAAUUACAAAGUUUAAAGAGGAAGAAAAGGAGAGAAGACUGGCACAGAAGAAAGCUAAAGCUGAUGCCAUCAGACAGAAGAUGGAAGAGGAAGAGAGGAUAAGACGAGAGGCUGAAGAAGCAGAAAGAAAGAAGAGAGAAGCCGAAGAAGCUGAACAAAGAGCAAAACAGGAAAUAGAAAAGAAAGAGCGAGAGGCAUUGAAAAAGGCAUAUAAGAAGGAACGGAAGACUUUGCGCUCACUUUGUAAGGAUAAUAAUUAUUACACUAAUGAGGAAAGUGAGCGUGUGCAGUUGAUGACUGAUGUGGAGCUGCUGUGUGAAGCUCUAGAACUGAUCAAAAUUGAAGAACUCAACAAGGAACUUGCCCAGGCAGGCAAAGAUCAUACUAAAGGCAGAGGAGUUGUAAUGAAGGAGGUAACUGAAGUUCGUAAUCGCAUUAAACGUGAGAGAGAGGAAGUAGCAGCAGCAGCAUCCAGGGGUGGCAGUGGAAGUGGUGGUGAAGGCUUGUCUCACAAAAGUUGGUGCCAGGAUGAUCUCCAGCUUCUUAUCAAGGCUGUAAAUCUCUUCCCAGCUGGUACAACAAAACGGUGGGAUGUAGUCGCUGAGUACAUCAAUCAACACACUCCUACCACUGGCAUAGUAAGACAUGCUAAAGAAGUUCUUAGCAAAGCCAAAGAGCUUCAACACUCGGACCAGUACAUGCGGGAAGCAGCCAAUAAGAAUGCUUACCACAGCAUGGAGAAGUCUCAGGGCAAACCAACAAUCAGUGAUGCCACAGCCUCUCAGAGGUUUGACACACCACAGGAGAUGUUAGGUAUGAAUACUAUGGCCUGGGGUGCAGAGGAACAGCGUUUACUGGAACAAGCUUUGAAGACAUUUCCAGUGUCUACGCAAGACCGUUGGGACCGCAUUGCUGAAUGUGUCCCUAACCGUACUAAGAAGGAUUGCAUGAGACGGUACAAGGAGCUGGUGGAAAUGGUGAAAGCCAAGAAAGCUGCUCAAGCUGCUGCUGCUGCCAAGAAAUAAAAUGGAAUUUAGAAAAUUUGAAAUACAAUCUUAUUCUCGCAUCAUUGUGAAAUAAACGUAGAAGAAAACCACCAUAUACGGUAUUUAGUAGAGAAAACAAGCAAGUAUCACUACUCCAGUCAUCUGAAGAGGCCAUGUGACUUGGCAUAAUGUUUGUUUUGCUUUUAACUAGUGGUUGUUUUGUCAUUCAUUCAUUCAUACAUAUAAAUACACACAAGAUUAUCAAAGUAAGAAAUAAAAAUGAUAUGCAUUAAAGGCAAGGGCCAGGGUAUAAUAAUAACUUUAGUGUUUUCAAUAUAUAACCAUGAUCAAAAGCUAGGUCAUUCAGUUAAUCAACUUACGUUCUCUAGGUUUCCCAGCAAACCCAAGAGAAAAACAGGUGUUACAUGGUUUUUUAAUAUCAGAACCUUAGAAUAGUAGAACACUGCAAAGCCUGCCAGCCAGGUCCAACUCACCCCUUUCCAUCCCCCCCAGCCUCCACUUGUGUACCUGUCCAACCCAUAUUCAAAGCUACCCAAGGUUCUCGCUUAAGUGACACUACUUGCAAAACCAGUGGUUUCCUGUGUCCUUUCUCAAGCUAAAUUUGUCUAAUUUGAAGCCAUUGUUGCAAGUCCUGUCUUGGUUAGGUAUUUUCAGCAUAUUGUUGAUUCUCACUUAAAUCAUAGCCCCCAUAAUUCUACGCCUUUCCAGAAAGUGCAAAUUCAGUGCUUUUUGUCUGUUUUGAUGGUAAAUAUAUCUGAUACAUGGGAUCACCUUUAUCAUUCUCUGUGUUUCCUAGCACAUUCAUGUUUAUUUUGUAGUAAGGAAAUAAGAAAUGGGCAGCAUAUACUGAAUGAGGCCUUACUAAGGAUACAUGAAGUGUAUCCUGAGAACGUUUCUUAUUAAUUUAUUUUUAUUUUAUUAACACACUGGCCGAUUCCCACCAAGGCAGGGUGGCCCAAAAAAAGAAAAACUUCGUAUUAAUAUCUCUUUAAAUUUAUACUAACCAAAACCCCUAGGCCAUUCUUGCCUUCAGUUUAAAGCCUAUAUUACGUUGUUCAUACGAGCCAUUAUUUUUUAUUUGGAUUAUUAUUAUAAUAACAACUUAGUGCUAAACCCACAAGGAUCUUUAUUAGGAUUAGAACCUUACAUUUGUCCAGAUUCAUUAUUAUUAUUAUAAUCAUAACUAUAACUAAGUACUAAACUGUCCAGAUUAAGUUGCAUCUGCCAUUUCUCCAACCACCACAUCCUCUCCAGAUAAUCCCAUCUCUGUCCUCAUCAGAAUUUGUCAGCCUAGUUUAGUGCCUUUGUUGAAUAUACUUAUGAUAAAUCCUUGGUAUUGGAUGCUGACAAGAGGUUAUGACAAGUUAACAAACACUAGGAUAUGUUUAGAAAACAUUUUGGUCCUGGAAAAAAACAUUUACUAAAAAUGUUUGUCUUUAGUGUUUUUCAUAUGUCUCUUAAAAACUUGCCACAUGGCACCAUUUAUCCGUCUUGGCACCUGAUUUUUCUCCUAAAUUCUCUGGAUUUCCUAUCUAACGCUAGCCGAUCGUUGAAUGAUCUAGCAUCUCAUGGUUUUAUACCAGAAUUGCUGAAGCUAUCUUUAUAUCUCUUUGUGUCAUGCAUAUGUAUUGUAUACACAUACUUAUGCAAAAAUCGUAAACAAACGAUGCAAAGUGCAAAACAACCAUGUGGGGAGUAGAAAAUUUGCUCUAGGCCUUUCCUGUUGCAAUCAACACAUCAGGAGUUUGCAGUCUUACAGAAAUGAGUAGUAAGUCCAGGUAGAUGCAUUCAUGGAAAAAUACUUAGAAUGAGAUGGCAUCAGGCAAACCAGUGUCAGGUACCAGAAAGAUGAUGGUAAGAUAUUGAAAACAGUAGCAGUAGAGGCAUGUAGAAGCCCAUCAACAUUAAAUAUUUAGUAAUGACCUAUCAACCACAACAUUAGUGACAUGACAACAAUCACACUAUCAUGCCAUCAGACUUCAUAUCAUAUCAUAUAUCAUAUAUAUAUUAUAAAAGCCUUUAAUAUUUCUAAUCUCAAAGGUAUCUGGCAUCUCUCAGUUGGGGAAAUUCUGUCACAUGCAAAGAAAAUGGGGAAGCAGCAAAAAGGGGAUAUGAAGUCUGAUGGCAUGUUUAUGUGAUAGUUGUGUCACUAAUGUUGUGGCUGCUAGAUCAUUACUAAAUAUUUAAUGUUGAUUGGUUUCUAUAUGCCUCUUCUGCUAAUGUUUUUAAUACCUUGCCUUCAUCUUUCAUCUUUCUGGCACUUGACACUGGUUUGCCUGAUGCCAUCUCAUUGUAGCUAGAGUUGCUCCCUUGAAUACAUCCACCUAGACUUCCUACUCAUUUCUGCAACAUUGCAAGCUCCUGAUGUGUGGUUGCAACAUGAAAGGCCUAGAGCUAUAUUUCAACUCUACCUGUGGUGGUUUUGCAAAUAUACUUAUGCAUGCAUGGAUGCAUACAUACAUAUACAUAGAAUGGUAUACAGAAACUUGUACAUUCAGCAGUGACAGCUGUAUUGGUUAUGUAAAUGUAUAUAAAAUGUAUUUGCUAAAGAAUUUAGAAUACAUGUAUAUUAAAUUUCUUCCAUCAAGAUGAUUGUUGUCUUUAGUUUCUUAAGAUCCUGUAUCUCUGUGAAGAUAUUGAUAACCUGACAUUGUCCUUUUAAGUGUGUGUCUUGUAUAGAGGCUGUUUAAAUGAGCGUAUAGGAAUGUUUUCACGUCAGCUCAUAUAUAAGUCAGGUACUGUACAUAACAUGCUGCAGUCAGUGUUGUAAAUGACUGUGGGGUGCAAACAUUGUUCUCAAAUUCUCAACUUGGAGCUUUCCUUCUUCUCCUCCUCCUCCUCCCUCCUCCCCCUCCUCCUUAUUCUAAGAUCAAGCCUGACUACUGCCCAUUUCCAAGGCACUGUAUGAUCCUGUCAGUUUGGUUUUUAUCCCUGAUGAUACUGCAAUGUUAAUCUGUGUUUACAAAUUCUCAAUUAAGAUAAUGAUCUCUGUAUUUCUGCAAGAAUAGCUUACAUUUCAGAUUGAAGUAAUUAUUAAAUUGAAAAUUUAUUCUAAUAUGAUUAUUCCAGGCAUGAAGCACUGGGAAACAAAAUAUGCUGCAUAAAUUUUUAUCUGGGAUUUUCUCAUUCCUACACACUUACUUACCAUUUCUCAUAAAGUUACUAAAGCAAUCAAAUGGUUUUAAAGUUCAUAUCAGAAGUGAAGGUAUAGCACUAUCAGUAUGUAAGAGCUUAAGAAAAUUUUCAUCCAACAAAGGUUUGCAGUAAUGUACAGGAAGGCCCUGCAUAUACAGCAUCAUCUUUCCAGUCUUCCACGUUUUCAUUGGCAUUCAAGUUGAGCCAUUGUUCAUUAUGUUCCAUUUGCUAGUGGGUGGAACAUAAUGAACAGCGAUUCAAUUUGAAGUCAGUGAAAAUGUGGAACACCGAAAACAGGUCCUGUACAUGCAGGGCCUUCCUGUAAUUCUUUUUCAGGAGAAAUACAUUUAACAAAGUACGAAUGUCUAAGCUGUUGAAAUGGAAUUUUGACAAAAAUAGUUUCUGCAACAUUUCAAGCUAAUGGUUCAGGUUUUCACCUUUAUUUCUUGAGAAAAUUUUAUACUCAUUCAUUAGUGUGAAUCUGAUUCACGUUUCCUAUUUUAAAAAAUGAGUCACAAAAAUCUGUGAAGACUAGCAUUUCCACACAAGACAAAAGAAUACAAAGUAGAAAGAGUACAACAACAUGCAAGGGAAACAGUGUUUGUUUUACUCAUAAAGAGUUCUUAUCAAGCACACACAA